AUGCUCGACACUUACUCGGGUACUGGUGGGGUGUCGCGAGAGGUCCCCAUGGCUGGCUCCCUGCCAGUACUCUCCAUUCGCUCUGGGAUUGUCCCUGUUGGGCAGACACUCGGUCUCGCAAGGAAACGUCACAGUGAGCCUUUCAACGGCUCCAUCGGUGACUUGACGCAAGGGUACUCAGGGCGCUGGCAGGUUGUCAGGCUCUACAUCUGUGCUCUGCCCAAGACCGAAGGCGCCUGA